CUUGCGGCUUGUCAUCCUCGCACGAGUCAUCGAUGUGAAAUAGUCUGCGCGAAUUUCUUUUCUGCAGAGCCGCUUAUAUAGAAUAGACGGUUCAUUUUCAGAAUGAAGGAACUCCACUUUAAGGACAGUUUUUGGAGUCAUGACAUCAUCAGUACUGCAGGGUAUGACAGCAUUAUUCAGCAUCUAAAUGAUGGAAAGAGGACAUGCAAGGAGAUUGAGGAUUUUAUGAAAGCCAGGGCCUCGAUAGAAGAGAAAUAUGCCAAGGAUUUACUAAGUUUGUCUAAGAAGGUCUGUGGCCAUAAUGAAAUGAACACACUGAAACGAUCGCUGGAUGUUUUCAAACUCCAAACGGAAAACGUGAGCUUAUCACAUCUCCAGCUAGCCCAAGCAAUGCGCGAAGAGGCCAAAAAACUUGAGGACUUCAGGGAGAAGCAGAAGGAAACAAGAAAAAAGGUUGAACAACAAAUGGAUUCUUUACACAAGCAGAAGGCAACACAAUACAAGAAAACCAUGGAGUCAAAGAAGACCUAUGAGCAGAAGUGCCGCGAUAAAGAGGAAGCUGAGCAGACAAUGAACCGGAGUGCCAGCACCAGCAAUGCCAAACAGCAAGAGAAGCUAUUUGCCAAAGCACAGCAAGCAAAAAUGGCUGCUGAUGAGGCAGACAGAAUGUACAACCAGAAUGUCUCUGUACUGGGAAAGAUCCGUGAGGACUGGCUGAAAGAACAUGUUAAAGCAUGUGAGGUCUUAGAGAAGCAGGAAGUGGAAAGGAUUAGUACUGUGCGGAACAUUGUUUGGACUCACCUAAACCAGCUCUCUCAGCAGUGUGUCACCAGCGAUGAGCUUUACGAAGACGUGAGGAAGUCGCUGGAGCAGUGUGACAUACAGGAGGAUAUUGAGCACUUCAUCAACCUCCGGAGGACAGGGGACAAGCCACCAGCCCCGAUCCUGUAUGAGAACUUCUACAGCAAUCAGAGGGCCCCGGUGGCCCCUGGGCGACAGGGGCCCCCAGCUCCUGUGGGUGGCAGGAGAGGUCCACUGCCGACACCAAGGAAUGCAGAAAGUGAUGUGGUCUAUUCAACUAUCCAAGAUCCUGGUUACAGUGUAAUACGAUUCUAGUGAAUAGACUCCCCAUACCCAAGAGAGGGGGAGAGAGGGGCUUAAUCUCACAGUGCCUUCAUAAAGAAUGAGACUUUCUGAAUCUGAUUUGUAUUCAAGUCAGUAUAGCUGAAAGCCUGUUGUUGUUCUACCAUUUAUUUUUUCAAAUUUUUUUUUUUCUGCACAACAGCAUUGCCCAGUUUUCAUUUUCCUCGCUAAUUUUGACAAUUUGUUCUUUCACGGCAGUCACUCAGCCCACUAAUGCUGGCCAUAUUUCUGCAAUGUCUCUUGAUGUAUCAAAGACCAUAGCUUAGAGGCAACCUCACCAGCCUUUCUACUUGAAAGAUUUGUGGUUGCCUUCAAACUCCAGUGUGUAUUUAUUUUUAUAAACUCAGGUAAAUGCAUAAAUUCUCAGAAAAUGAGAGUUUCAUAUAAUUAUUAAAUGUAUUCAGAUUAAUAGACUUUUAAAAUAUUUUCUUCAAUAUGAAUUUGUAUUGGUUGCUGUCACUUGGAUAGCUCUAUACAUAUGAUGUGAAUAAAUAUUAUUGGAAGUUCUACUUUAAAUGGCUUUACAAAAGCUGAAUAAUUUAUUGAUUGAUUUCCUUAUAGGUUUUGAAUGUAUGUUAUGACCCUGCCCUUAAUAAAACCAAUGGAAUAAAUGAAUCAUUUCUCAGUGUAGAAA